UAGGCCAGUACUAAUAGGCCAGGUGCUCAUAAGCCAACAAGGAGACUCAAAGGAUAAGGGAGAGUCACUGUUUCCUUGUCAGCUCCACUGGCAUACUUUACUGAUUGCCCUGUCACAUCACCUACCAACAGUUAACUUGAAGACAGCAACUGUGUAUUGAUGUGAUACUGUAUUGCACACAGCCAAUGAAAAGGAAGUAAUAAAAAAGCUGAAAACUUCCAGACUUGCUGCUAGUUCACAAGUAUUCACUGUCACCAUUAUGUUGAUGAAAAAUUGCCAUCACCAAAUGGGAGGUUUUGCUUUGACCACAGUGGCCUGGCUACUUUGUUGCAUAUCCAUAGGCCUCCCUCAGUGGCAAGUGUGGCACUAUGAAGACCCUGUGAUCCUCAAGCCUACAGUGGCUUUUGUGGGCAUAUGGAGAACCUGCAUUUUCCACACUGACAGCAACUCCAGCAACAACAGAUUAUGUCACCAAUACAGCUACCGUGAUUCCUUCGUUCCUUUGUAUAUUCGAAUAAACCAGCACUUGCUGCUGGUUUCUAGCUUUCUUGGGCUCUUUGGGAAAAUCACCACCAUUAUUGCUCUUUCGAAUGUGAGUAUGGGAAGAGUACGGAGGAAUGCCACCUGCAAUCCAUUCAGCCUUUCAGGGAUUCUGAACAUCAUUGCUAGCAGCUUUCUUUACCUUGCUGUUUUGUUUAAUUACAUAGCCAUCGUGCGCAAAUGGAGGGUUUCCUUCCCACCAUCUUUCCAUAUGCCUUCCCACCCACACACUCAGAAGAUGGGAAGUGCCAUGGCUUUGGCAAUUAUAGCUGCAGUUUUCUUUCUACUAAGUGGCACAAUUUGCCUUUCUUCAAAUUUAGGCAAGUCGCCCCAUUCCAAAAUUUAAAAGUAAAUUACUACCUAACAUAGCCUUGAAAUGCCAGCAAAGAUAGUGACUAGUCUUCCUUCAUGUGUCUAUAUAAAUUUUCAAACAUCUUGAAAGGAUGCCAAUUGUGGCCUGUGACAAAGAAAGAGUCCAGUUGACUUCCCCUUAUAUUUUUGGGCUUCUUUGUGUCAUCUUAAUUCAUUAUUUGGAUUGUGGGAUUUUGUUAAAUAAAAAUCUCAUUUAAUGGGUAGUAAUAAAUUUGUGUUUUAC